AUGGCCCCAAUCUCAGCCACGUGGACUCGACUCGCCUCCAGUCCGCGGCUCCAGCGCUCGUCGCAGGCCCUCUCAGUGCUCGCCUCCCGAGCAUACAUCUUCGGCGGUGAGCUGCUUCCCCGACAACCAGUCGACAACCAGCUAGACGUCGUUGAGCUACACCCAAACGAAGGAGAGUCAGCCGUGAGCAAGACGCUCCCCGCCUCAAGCAAAGCGCCAUCGCCCCGCGUCGGAUCGCCCAGCACGGCCACCCACGAUGCACUCUACCUCUUCUCCGGCCGCGGCGGCCUCUCAAUGAUGCCCAUCGCGGAGAACGGCGCCCUCUGGCGCUACACCCCGGCCCGAGACACAUGGGACCUGAUCGAGCCAGCCGAUCCCUCGGCCCCGUUCCCCGCCGGUCGGAGCUAUCACUGCAUCGCGUCGGACGGCAGCAUCACCAUAUUUGUCCACGCCGGCUGCCCCGAGACGGGUCGCCUGUCCGACCUAUGGGCCUUCGACAUCGGCUCCAGGGCCUGGACCGAGCUACCUGCUGCCCCGCCCCCGGCGCGCGGGGGAGCAUCGGUCGCGUUCCUUGAUGGGAGGCUGUAUCGCAUGAACGGGUUCGAUGGAGAGACGGAGCAGGGCGGUGCCCUGGAUGUGUAUGACACCGAUACGCGUGCUUGGUCGACUGUGAUGUUCCGGCCCGACGGCGUCGACGGGCCUGAGCCUCGCAGUGUGUCGGCUCUUGUUGCGGUCAAGGUGCGGGCGAGGGGGCAUCUUGUCACCAUGUUCGGGGAGCGGGAUCCUAGCGCGCUUGGUCAUGCGGGAGCUGGGAAGAUGCUCGGUGAUGUGUGGGCUUUUGAUGUGCUGGAGCAGAAGUGGGAAAAGGUCGAGACGCGGGGAGAUGGGCCUGCGCCGAGGGGUUGGUUUGAUGCGGAUGUGGUGCGGGAUGAUGGGGAUGAGGACGCUAUAAUUGUCCAUGGGGGACUUGCUGAGGAUAACUCCCGGCUGGGCGAUGUCUGGAACGACGACGACGACAACUCCCAGACCAUUUCAACCGGUGUCGAUAAGAAGCUCAGAGUACAGCUUUACACGUCGCACUUCCUGUCGACAUGGAACUCCCGGCUGUUCGAGUUCGGUGCUGUUCUCUUCCUAGCCUCCAUCUUCCCAGGCACGCUACUGCCCAUGUCGGUGUACGCACUCGUCCGCAGCGCUGCCGCGAUCGUAUUUGCGCAGCCAAUUGGCUCUUGGAUCGACCGGGGGGAUCGCCUGGCCGUAGUGAGGGUCUCUAUCGUCGGCCAGCGCGUUGCUGUGGCUGCCAGCUGUGUGGUCCUUUGGAUCUUGACAUUGGAAAUCACAAACGCCGGGACGACCUGGACCUUGGUUGCGGCACUCAUUCUGCUGGCCUGCGUCGAGAAGCUGUGCUCAGUAAUGAACCUCAUUUCAGUUGAAAGAGACUGGGUCGUCGUGAUAACAGAAGGAAAGCAAGGUUCCCGCCAAGUCCUCAAUGCGCAAAUGCGCCGUAUCGACUUGUUAUGCAAACUACUUGGUCCCCUGGCUAUCUCUUUCGUGGACAUGGCUUCUACACGUGUUGCCAUUUGGACCAUACUUUGCAUCAAUGUUCUCUCUGUGUUUGCCGAGUACAUAUGCAUCUCGAGGGUCUAUUCCGCUGUCCCAGCUCUGCGACGGCCACUUCCUGUCGACACUGAACAUCCAGACCGACGCUCUACCGAGUCCCAAAUGUGCUGUUCCUUGAAGAGCAUUCUCCCAAUUUCCCCCCUCGUUCACUACUUUAGACACUCCGCCCUCUUACCGUCGUUUUCUCUCGCCCUACUAUACCUCACAGUCCUAUCUUUUUCUGGCCAGAUGAUCACGUUUCUCAUGUCAGUCGGCUACACGUCUUUCCAUGUUGGCAUCAUCAGAACACUCAGUACGGUGCUCGAGGUCAGCGCGACGUGGGUGGCACCCCACCUCAUGGCGCGCAUCGGGACCGUUCGAGGGGGGCUGUGGAGCUUGAGCUGGCUUAUGAUCUGGUUGGCGGCGGGGGUCAGCUGGUUCUUCGCCGACUCGCACAGCUCAACACCGGACGCUCGGGUAUCAGCAGCGGGCCUGGCUGUUUGCGUGGCACUAAGUCGCCUCGGACUCUGGGUGUUUGAUUUGUGUGCUCAGUCAUUGAUUCAAGAAGAGGUGGAAGCUGAAUACCGGGGCACCUUCUCGACUGUCGAAGCAGCUUUCCAGAACCUCUUCGAACUGGCCUCGUUUGCCACGACCAUCGUGUUCUCGCGGCCGGAACAGUUUCGGUGGCCGGUACUCAUCAGUGUCGUGGCAGUCUACACUGCCGGAGGCAUGCACGCCUUAUUUGUGCGGAAAAGGCGUGGACACCUGUUCCACUCCCCGCCCUGCAUGGGCUGCAAGCCUUGA